ACUGAUCCCGAUAAAAAAGCGGAAUUUAUUAUUUUAGCCAAUAAAGCUGCCAAGAAGGCCGAAGAAAUUAAACGAAAAGUCAAAAACAAUCCUAUCGCUCAAUUAGCCAAUUUUAAUUAUUUAGACGAUUUGAGAGCAUUAGCACAAGGCAAUGUUCCGCCUAAUGUUUGUCCCGACAGACAACCGGGUGGAGGCGGUUCAAACAGCAAUAAUAAUAAUGGUGGUGGAGGAAAUGGAAGCGGCCAAACCCCCAAUCCCUUGGAAGAACCAAAAACCGAUAGAAUAGUAAACGGCAAAAAGAGUUCAUUAUUGGGUGAAUACCAAAAAUUUGCUAACCUUUUCCCUGAUGGCGACCGGAACGAAAAGUUUUAUUUUUCUCGGACUGCCCCUUACACUAUUUAUUUUCCGCCAUCACUUCAAAGUUAUUAUGAAAAAGGCAAGGAAUUGGGUCUAGAAGAAUUAGAAAAUCCAACACGAGGGGACUAUGAGAAAGGAUUAGGUAAUAAUGCCUUAUUCUAUGGUGCUCCUGGGACAGGCAAGACAGAAACGAUGAGAAAUCUUUGCGUGAAAGCCGACAAGUAUCCAUUAGUGGUUGUUGCGGCGAAUUGGAAUGAAGUUUGGUUAACGAUUAUGGAUUUGAAAGAGAGGAAAAUGUCUAACGGAUUAAAGUUUUUAAAAGACUGCUUGGAGGGUGUAGAUAAAGAUGAGUGCAGCAAAAAUCUGUGGGUAUUUGCGACCAAUCACAGAGACCAAGAAGACGAUAACGAUGACGGCAGCGAUAGCGAAGAUGAAAAAGAAGUAGAUAUUGAAAUUGUUUAUGAAAGCGUCCAGAAACCAACCAUAGAAAAGGUUUUAGAAACCAGUUUAAAUAGUCUGACUAGAAUAAUUAACGGCAAAUUAGACGAAAUAAUAGAACAAUUAGAGCCAGACGAAGACGAUGGAGAAGAAAAUAUAAUCGUUAAAUUACAAGCCGAAAGUAAACGAAUUAAGAAACAGAUAAGUCAUGACAAAAAAUCAAGAAAUCACAAAAUUAGAGAAAAAAGUUGCGUGGCAGCAGUAGGCAUCUGUGUUGCCAGUGCGGGAGCGGCUACUCCUUUUGUAAGUGCGGUCGGUGGCUACUUAAUAGGUGAUAAAGCCGAUAAAGAAAGUUUGGAAAGAGAAAAAAUGCUGCUUCAAGACAAAAGAUACAAAGAUGCUGUCGGCGAAGUAGACAAGCAAGCACAACAGAACAAUCAAAAUAAGCAUUUAAUAGAUGAAAUUGUCGGCAAAUUAAAUGGUAGUAGACCGCGACAAUCACACGAGACGGAUGAAUAUCUAAAACAGCAGUUAGCGAUCGCCCAAAAUGGUUUAAAGGAUGGUGAAAAUAGGCUUAAUAGAUUAAAAAGCGAUGUUGGCAAAUUGAGAAAAGAACUUGGCGGCGGAGGAAGUUUAAUGAGUCUUUUAGGCCUGGAUAAAUUAUCCUUUGCUGACAAAGUGAUAAUUGCCGGUGGAAUAGUGUUGAAAAGGGAGAAAAAUACGAAAAUGUGCGUUGAAGGGAAGAAGACGGCUCCAAAGGAACAGGCCAGAGAAAGAAUCAAAGAACAAAGAGAAAAAGCACGAGAAAAAUCAAAACAAGAAGCACUGGAUAAAUUUGAAACUCUAAGUAAUGAAUGCUUUCAAAAAACAUUUGAAUUAGGACUUAAAGUAGAUGUUAGAAAUGAAGAAUUAUCGGUGGAUGAUUAUAGAAACAUAAAAAAACUUUUAAAGAAACUAAACCGAGCAGAAAAGCAGAAGGAAUUAGAGGACUCUCUAAUUAAGGAGGAAAUAAAAAAAUUACAAACUUCCUUAAAAGAAUUGGAAGAGCAUGUAUCUCCACGCACCCAAGACCAAGCCAGCAACGAUAAAAGCCGCCAAAGAAAAGCCAAAAAAAAAUACGAUGAAUCACCCGAAUUUUUGGAAGAAGAAGAAGAUUUAAAUAACAAAAAAAAGCAAUUAGCCGACUUAGAGAAAAAAAAUAAUCCCUCAACCACUAAUAAGCCUACUAAUUAUACUCCCUGA